AUGCUGCACAUUCCACAAAUUGCACUUCACCACAUGUUUUGGGGGUUCGCCGAAUGGGAGCCGGCGAUGGAUGCGUUGUUGGCGUUGCUGGAGGCGCUGCUGGUUCAGUGCCCGCCGGCCGGAGGCAUGACCCGCCUCUUGUAUUAUUCCUUGGACUUCAUCGGAAUGCCGUCACUGCAUGACAUGGCGGUCGUGUUCCGGCUGCCCGAGCGACUACUCACCUACCUCGAGAGACCGGAUAUUCGCAGCCGUGGCGAUGUACAAAUUUUCUCACAUGGCCGGCUGAAGUUCUCCUGUCACGACACUCAAGAGAAUCGUUGGAAGCAAGCCCGGUUUCUGGUGACGAUCGCCCAGAAUUACGGUAAUCGCAGAGGGCAGCUGUAUGCGGAACAACGACAUCGAGCUGAGCCAAAUUUCAACGAGUACACCCUGGAAUGGUCAAACUAC